ACCAGGUCAUUGGGUGCCUUGGACCGUAAUCGCUGCCAUCUUGUCUCCUCAUUCAAAGACUGCGUACAGCUCCGUCGCUCACCGACCUUGGUCCCCUCAUUCCGGUUCCCCCUUCAACUAGUAUCCCGGGCUUGUUUGGAUUGCAGGUAUUUCUUCAAUUGUCAUCAUGGCGUCUACUGAGGUUUCUGCCACGAGGCUGUACCUUGGUAAUCUGCCCAAAGGUGCUACGAAGCAGGAUGUUGAAUCGCAUUUCGCUACCCACGGCACUGGCAAAAUAACCGAGAUCAAGCUUAUGAACGGUUUCGGCUUCAUCGAGUAUGAGGAUGCCAUGGAUGCGCGAGACGUGGUUCCAGCUUUCCAUGGAUCGGACUUUAUGGGCGAACGCUUGACCGUCCAGUUCGCUCGCGGCUCCCGCCAGCGCGAAGGAUUUGGUGCUCAUGAGCGUAGUGCCCCGCGACCGCGCCGAACUCCCUAUCGCAUGCAGAUCACCGGACUCCCCAAUGAUACCAGCUGGCAGGACCUCAAAGACUUUGCUCGACAAUCGAGCCUCGACGUUGUCUACUCGGAAACAGGUCGUGAUGCUAACGGUCGAGGCUUUGUUGAAUUUGAAACUGCAGCUGACCUGAAGACUGCCGUUGAAAAGCUUGACAACCGCGAGUUCAAGGGACAACGCGUUAACUGCGUUGCUGAUACGCAACCAGACUUCCCUCGUGGAGACCGCCGUUCUCGUUCACCCAAAGGCCGACGACCAUACGGAGUGCCACCCGAUGGCUACGACCGUCGACCUCCACCGCGUGGCUACAGUCCCCGAGGCUACCGCGACGAUUAUCGCGAUAGAAGCCCUCGCCGCGACUACUAUGACGACCGCCGUUAUAGAUCGCCCCCGCGUCGCGGUCCAGUAGACGAGUACGGCCCUCCGCCUCGAGGGCGUUACGAAGAUCCCUACCGACGGGAGUAUCCGCCUCCCGAUCCGUAUGUUAACGGUCGCCCUUACGACCGCCCGCCUCGAGAGUUUCCACCACGAGAAGGUGGAUAUGGGCCGCGUGAAGGUUUUCCUCGCGAAGAUUAUCGGCGAGGAGGUUACUGAUCCUCAACCGAGACCAGACGGGAACGAAGUAAUGAGAGGGAGGAGGGAAUGGAAUCUGGGGCGAUUGUCUCACGUCACAACCAAAAAGCAGUCUUUUCCGCAAUGAUAGGAUAUUUUGGCCGUCGGUAAUAAUGGAAAAUGGAGUUCUUGACGAUCAACAUCCCAAGGAAUAUGGUGUAAGAAUGGCAACUAGGAGUAAUGUUAUCGUUUGAAAAACAAAAACACCGGUUCCCCCAUUUCCUCUGUGAGCAAACAUUGCAGCUAGUUUAUCUAUAUUUGUCCGAUUGCUAGAAAUGGCUAUUUAAGUCGUCUCCCUGCCGUUUCAUGGUGGUCUGAGAUGCGUAGGUAAUCGAGGCGGCUCCCAGGCGGCUCUCAGACGCAGCCCUGAUCUGGUGUAUGUCAUAGACAAGCUCCGAUCCCUCUAUUCAAGUCAA